AUGCUGGCUUGGUCACUCUCCCUUGAUAGAUCAGGAUACGUUGGUAAUCUAGUAGGCGGCCGAGUGUCCGAGAUGCACCGAAAAGAAGGGGGUGGCUGGAUCUACUAUACUCAUCCUUCAACUAGUGUACUUUGGGUGUUGAUGCUCAUUCGUUUGUAUGGCCUGGGGCUAUCGGGAAGCCUAAAGGGUUAUUCUAGAACCUUCUUGGAUCAUAGAGGUAAGAAAAGGUGUGAUGUGACAUCUUUGGCUCGCAAUUUCCACCCAUCAGAUUGGUGGGAUUUGAUGGUGGGCAAGUUGGUCGGGGUGCUCGAGGGGUUGGUCACUGACAUAGCGGAGAUGAGAUCAAUAGUAGCAAAAGGUUUUAAGAAGGUGCUCUGUCAUACCAACCUACUUUUUGGGACGCUUUUGGACAAUGAUGUUCAUUUGGAUGUCAACAAAGAUGUUCAUCAAGACAACUUAGUGCCUUUGGAUGACAUUUCGGAUGAAGUCGAGCCUCAAGCCGCAACCGAAACCAUUAUUGGGGUCAUCCAUGUGGAUCCGACGAUGGAAGUCAGGCAUUCGCUCUUUUCCACUAAUGGUUAUGUCAAGUUAAUGUGUAACCCUACCUUUUGUGCCAACCAACUUGGAGAGGAGGUUUGCACGGGCGUUGUAUUCUGGCUUGAUGUGCACCACUUUACUAUCUAG